AGUCAAACUGCUGGCACUGUGUAUGAUCCAGCUGCAUUCUGCAACAGGACUCGGAGAGCUCGGUCUCCUGCCAGCCUUUGCUUUGUUUGGGGCGCACGUCUUCUCCGCUGUUUGCCUGUAGCAGGGAGCGUGUAUUAUCACUGUCAGAAGUUCAGCACCCGCCCAGCACUAAGGGUGUUCUCGGACGGGGGCCCGCUUUCAUUCGCAUUCGCAUUUCACUUACACCACUCAACUGAGGAUGUCGGAUGACAAUGCCUCGCCGAGCGUGCCCAAGAACCGAAGGCGGACCAUCAUUGAGAGCGACGAAGAAGAGGAGGAGGAGUUCGAGGAAACCCCUCAAGCUGCCGCUCAGAAUGGUGGUGGUCAGGAGAAUGGGGCUGGCAAUGCAGAAGAAGAGGAGCAUGUAGGAGCGGCUGGUAGGGCUGGGGGGAUGGAAGCAGAGGCAGAUGAAGAAGGGCCAUCCGGUGCUGAUCGAGGGGCCGCAAUUGACGAUGAGGAUGAAGGGCUUGUAGAAGAUCAACAGGCGGCAGGCGAACCAGCUGAAAGAAAGCAGAAAAAGCAGAGCAAGGAGGGAGGUGACAGGGAGCCUAAGAAGCGGCGUAAGAGUGGCGAGGGCGACAAGGAGUCUCGUAAGCGCAAGCAGCCAAGGGAGAAAAAGACGGGACGUGCGAAGGCAAAUGGAGAAGGGGAGGAGGAGCUCUUCGAUUUUCUGGAGAAAGAAGGGGGCUCGGAGGAUGACUCGGACGGGGUCCGCAACGCUGCGGACGAUGCGUUUAUUGACGACGACGGAGUCAGAAAGGCGUACGACAGCGAAGACGAGUAUGGAGGCGACCCAGGCAGAGCGCCGCAGGCGGAGGAAGCAGAGGAGGACGAUGGGGGUGUGGAUGCGCUCUUCGGGAAGGGCAAAAAGGGCAGAAAGACUGAGAAGUCGGACAUGGAGCUUCAGAUCGAGUGCGAGGAGUUCAUCGCGCUAAUGGCUGAGGCAGCGGAGAGUGACGCGGAAAGCAACCGGGCGGGCAGGCCAGCGCUUAAGAAGCUGCAGAUGCUGCCGAACGUGGUGGCAACCCUUAGCAAUAAGAAGCUGCAGAUGAAGCUGUUGCAGCAGGGCGUGUUGAUCGCGCUCAAGCAGUGGCUGGAACCCCUGCCGGACCGCUCGCUGCCCAACAUCGCCAUUCGGACGGCCAUCCUGCGGGUCUUGUCCGGAAUGCCGAUUGACACAAGCGAGCCGGACGUCCGAGACUGGCUGAAGGACAGCUAUCUCGGCCGGGUUGUCAUGUUUCUUUCGCGCUUGCCGGACGAGACCGCCGACAACCGGGCAGUCGCCAGGGACCUCGUCGAUAAGUGGUCGCGGCCUAUCUUCAAGAAGAGUACAAACUACGAGGAGUUGCGGCACCGACAGGAGGAGCACCGGCCGGCGCCUAAACAGAAAGCCGUCGUGCGGCGGGCGCAGUCCGGGGACGAUGACGCGGGCGAGGACCACUUCGACGCGGGCGCGCUGCUGAAGCCGGGCGACCUGCGGCUGCACGCGACGAUCCCGCAGCCGGCCGCGAUGGAUUACAAGCGGCGGUCGCAGUCGAAAGUGACGGCAGAGGAGGCGCGCGCGCUCGCCAAGGGCGGCCAGGCCUCGGAGAAGGCCCGCCGGAUGGACAAGACGCUGCAGAAGUUGCGCAAGAAGACUGGUAGCAUGCGAGCGGAGAAAGUUAGCGUAGAGGGCCGGGGGCUCAUCAAAUACAUUUAGUUCACUCUUCCAGGACGUGAGGUGACAGUCUGUAUGGAGGCUUGCCCAGCCUGGUAGUAGGGCCUCCGAUUUGGAUCUUUUACGAGGCGCAAGUUCUUCUAUUAACGAAAUCCAGUAAGCAUUCAAGGGUCUGGAGCGGUUACAAUGGCUGCACUCGAUUUUGGCGGCAACAACUUCUCUGCACUUGACACGGGUUAAUUGGGACGGGCACGCGCGUUGCAUCAUGGAACGCGUGGCUUCCAUUCCGGUCGAUGCAUACUUGUCGGCUGGUUUGACUGCUGGCCUGGAACUGCAAAC